AUGAUUUCAUUAGAGAAUAGUACAAGAUCGAUCCACUCUCACUCACACUCACAACAUAAUCAAGGAGUUCAUGCCACUGUCUCCAAGUUGGCCGAUCAACAACCUGACCAAUCAGAGUUGUGUGAAAAACCAUUUGAACAGUUGGUCAAGCAGAUCAGACACGAGUUCACAUUCUCUCAACCAGAUGGUACCUUUGGAAACAGUCAGGCCAUCGAAGAUUUACUCAAUCGCUAUAUAAACGAAGGACACAAGGACUGGAAUGAAUAUGCUUUCUUUUGUCCCUACGGAUACUCAAGAAAUCUUGUGGCCUGUGGUGAACAAUUCGAACUUAUGGUCAUUUGUUGGGCUAAAGGUCAAGUUAGUCCAAUCCAUAAUCAUGAAGGACAAAGAUGUUGGAUGGCUUGUGCAAAAGGACAACUACAGGAAACACAAUUUUUAUUUGAAAAUACAAUGUCCACUCAUGGCGAAGGAAAACUGCUGGAGAGUCAGGUAACCACUAUCGAUGAAGGAUCCGUUGGUUAUAUUACUGAUGAGAUCGCAUUGCAUGUCAUCCAAUCACUCGAGCCAGUAUCAGUAUCGAUUCAUCUCUAUUCUAAACCAAUCUACGAGUGCAACAUCUAUUGUCCAACAACAGGAAAAAUCACUCGUAAGAAACUUGGAUACUAUACACAAUACAAAGAGCACAGUCCAAAUCAUAACAAACCAAUACUUUGCCAACAAGAAUAG